UAUGCUGCAGUUGACUUUACCGGAAAUAAGGUCAAGGCUUUUAGGAACGGUAUCCCUUGGCCGGAAGGUACUUGUCGCCGAGCCAGCAUCAACUCCUUUGGUGUUGGAGGAUCGAACGCACACGUCAUCAUGGAAAGCCCUGGACUAGGUACGCCGGCAAGACAUGUGUCUUCAUACAUCACUGCUGGUGACGGUUUUGCCGAGCCCGACGACGAUGCUCCCAGGCCAUUCAUGAUGGUUUCUUCCGCCAACGACCCCGGUUCACUGCGUAAUAGCAUUCAAUCACUUAGCAACCACCUCAUUAACCCGCGUGUCAAGGUCAAACUUCCGGACCUCGCUUACACGCUUUCAGAGCAUCGUACAAAAUUCUGGCACCGUGCUUUCAUCACGACGCAAAACACAGAGCUUGACGAAAGGCUAGAUGACUGGACUGUGUCCAAGAAAGGGACGCAAGGCCCCUCCGUCGGAUUCAUCUUCACUGGACAGGGGGCUCAGUGGCCACAGAUGGGUAGAGACCUGCUACGAUUCUUCCCGUGGACGCGGGACGUCCUCCGAGAACUCGACGCUGUAUUGCAUGCACUCAAACACGCGCCAUCGUGGUCUCUGAUUCGAGAACUGACAGAACCACGGCCUGGCGAACAUCCCCGGCAACCGGAAUUUUCACAGCCUCUGGUCACGGCCCUACAGAUUUGCAUCGUCGAUAUUCUAAUGAGGUGGGAUAUCCGGCCUCGAAGCGUCGUUGGACACUCCUCGGGCGAAAUUGCUGCUGCAUAUGCUGCCGGGCUCCUGGAUCGAGCCAGCGCCAUCACGGCAGCUUACUACCGCGGUAAAGCUGCUACCCUUGGUAAAGUGGACUUUGAGAGUAAGAUGGGCAUGCUAGCAGUGGCAACUGGUGCCGAUGAAGCCACUGGUUUCCUUCAACACUAUACUGGGCAGGCCUGGAUCGCAUGCUUCAACAGCCCAAACAGCGUGACCAUUUCGGGCAAGUUAAGUGCUCUUGAAGCACUUUGUGCUGAUAUCUCCAGUGCCGGGCACUUUGCUAGGCUAUUGCACGUCGACAUGGCCUAUCACACAGAGUUGAUGGAUGCCAUUAGCGGUGAAUAUGAGAACCUCCUAAACUCGGAAAGGCGGUUUCAAGCCUUCUCUUUCAGCACCGUUGGAGAGGUAUCCAUGUUCUCGUCAGUGACGGAGUCGAAACAAACAACGCCGACAUCCGCGGCAUAUUGGAAGCAAAAUAUGUCUUCUGCAGUUCGUUUUGACAGCGCACUUCGAGCCAUGUUAUCCGACAGAGACACGGCCCCUAACUUCCUGGUCGAGAUUGGUCCUUCGGGGGCUCUCGCCGGACCAGUCUCUCAGGUACUAAAGUCCAUGCGAUCUACGGUUGGAGGGGAGAUCUCCUAUUGCUCAGCUUGGUCCCGAGGAGCAAACGCUGGAAACUCACUGUUUGCUGUUGCUGGUCGUCUUUGGGCAGCAGGCAACGCUAUUGACCUUGCCGUUGUCAAUGAGUAUAACGGGACAGAGCGAACCAUCGUUGAUCUUCCCAACUAUAGCUGGGAUCACAGCGUCAAACACUGGCAUGAGAACGCGUCAAGUAAAGAUUGGAGAUUCCGCAAAUAUCUCGUCCACGACUUAUUAGGCAGCAAAGUUCUGGGAACCUCUUGGAAAACACCAACCUGGCGCUCACGGCUGAAUGUAGCGAAUCUGCCGUACCUCAUGGACCAUCGAAUGGGCGGGAAUGCAAUUAUGCCUGGAGCGGGUUUUGUUACUAUGGCAAUAGAGGCUAUAUAUCAGAAGCACUGCGCCUGUCUUUCUCAUGGUGGAGAUGAUACUAACGAAAUUGUACGAAAUGAUCUUUGCUAUCGCUUUAGAAAUCUUCGCUUUAGCAAAGCCCUAGUCCUUGAGGAAGGAAGGGACAUGAACACCAUUUUCACUUUAACAGCAGCCCCUGGUAGUGAUGAUUGGCACAAUUUCACUAUAUUCACAGCCGAAGGAGAAACAGUAUCAGAACAUUGCUCAGGCUCAAUUCGCAUCCAAGAUCCUGUUAACGAGCUAGCCGAGGGGGAGGACGCCCUGCCGCUAAAAUCCCCCCAGGCCUCCAAGCUAUGGUACAAGUCGCUUCGAGAGUUAGGGAUGGAUUUUGGGCCGGCUUUCCAGAGGUUUAUUAAGAUCGAGCCUAUCACAGAAGAGCCAAGAUCUAGCGCUCUGGUGUCUUUGGAUCCAUCAGAGGGAAAAUUCAACCCCCAGUCGCAGUAUCCCAUCCACCCCGCAGCCCUAGACGGCUGCUUCCAAACCUCCUCUCUCAUUGUAAGCCGUGGCGACCGGACCAAGGAAGGGAGCGUUCUAAUACCAGGUCUCAUUGACGACCUCGUUGUCAACAAGGUUCCCUCUUGCUUGCGUCAGGGACGAGCAAAGGCAUUUGCGGUGUACUCAGGCCGUGGCCGCCGGGAUCAACCCAAGAAUUGGAAAUCAAACACGACAGUAUAUGACGCCGAGAGCGGCCAACUGGUCAUGCGAAUAACUGGCAUGAAGUACGCCGAACUGGACGUGGCUAUCAAGCCUGACCCACACACAUUCCAUUCUGUUGUAUGGAAACCCGAUAUCAGCUGUCUGACAUGUGGCCAGGUGAAUAACCUUGCUAAACAAGUCGACUCCAGCAAGCUUGAAACGAUAAUCGAUCUCAUUGCUUUUAAGAAACCGUCACUGCAAGUUCUUGAGCUGAAUAUCGAAGAAUCAGACACUUCAUGCCUAUGGUUUGACAACGGUGAUUCGCCCAUGAGGGCGGCCUAUUUGGGUUAUUUCUUCGGUUCUACAAAUGGAGAGAGUCUUUUUCAUGUCGAGGCACUAUACAGAGACAAGGGAGAUGUAUCAUUUGGACUGGUUUCAACUGAAAACCCAACGCUUCAUCUGCCCUCGGACAUAUGCUACGAUCUCGUUAUUAUCAAAGCACCAGGUACAAGGGCCGCUGGUAGUGUGAACAAGAGGCAGGACCGUCUCCGGCCCCUUCUAAACAAGAAUUCUUUCACUGUAUUAGUAGAUAUCGAGGGCAAUAGGUUUGUUUCGACUGAGGUUACCGGGCCAGGCAAUCUUUAUUCAAGCGGGAAUCAACACCAAGACACCGAUACUAUCUCAACAGCUUCCCAUAUUUCAUCAUAUGGUAUCAGAGAGUCUUCACCCACUAUAAGUUUUUUAUCAGGGGUUGGACAAGUUGAACAACCAUCGUCAAGCCCGGCACAGCUGAAUGGCUCACAGCCCGCCAUCGAGAUAGCUGAGAUGGAUAACAGACCCUUUGCUUAUCUCCUAAAAACCGGAAACAACCCUUGUCAUGGAAAGUCAUCUCCGUCUCCGAAGAUUGUCGUUAUAGCAAGUUUGUCCCCCUCAUCUUCUGACAAAAUUCCUCCAUCUCUCCAAGCAGUAUUGGAGGAUUCGGGUUGGACAACCGAAUACCAGAUAUAUCCAUUCCCGAAACCUGCCAGUGGUGAAAUGGUGGUUAUAUUAGACGAACUGUGGGAUCCUGUUCUGACAAAAGUCGACAGCAUUCAAUGGGAAGCUAUAAAGACUAUCAUCAGCUGGGGCAGACCACUCCUCUGGGUCACCCAGGGUGCCCAGGGGAGGGUGUCAAAUCCAGACAAGGCGAUGGUCCAUGGACUGUUCCGAGUCGCACGACAAGAAGACCCCAAUGUGAUUCUGACCACCUUGGAUGUUCUAUCAAGCACGAGCCCGGAGAUGCCGUGCGCAGUCGAAAGAGUGCUAGGUUUACUCAGAGCGAGCGACGUGGUGGUGGAACAUGAAUACAUGGAGCGCGAGGGAAUCCUUCACGUUCAACGUAUCAUGCCCGACGAUGAUCUCAACCAUUUCCGACGCACAGAACAGGAAGGAAUGAGGCCAAUCGUGAAGGGACUUCAUAGCGCCAAAGUACCCGUGUCAUUGAGAGUCGAACAUUUAGGCACUCUUCAGAGCCUAGUGUGGUGCGAGGCGGAGACAGGCGAAGUGCUACAUGUUGGUGCCGGUCUUAUCGAAGUAGAGGUGAUGGCUACCGGUGUCAAUUUCAAGGACAUAGCCAUCACUAUGGGUAUUGUCACUGAUGAUAAGUACAACCUUGGAUUUGAAUGCGCUGGGACCGUGACGCGACUUGGGCCAGGUGCUGAUAAGUUUCGGGUUGGCGACCGAGUCUGUAUGCUAAGAUAUGGGUGUUACGCGAACCGAGUCCUGGUCCCUGUCGACCGAUGCCACGUUAUCCCGGAUUCGAUGACCUUUGUGGAAGCAGCAUCCAUUCCCACCACGUAUCUCUGCUCACUUUACGCCAUGUACCACAUGGGUGAACUUCAAGAGGGUCAGGUAAGUUACAACCGGCACUUCAAUGUGUAUCAUCCUGCUUGCAAUAGAGCAAGUUGCGUGAAACUGACAAGUCGGCAGUCGGUUCUUAUUCACUCAGCAGCCGGUGGCAUUGGGAUUACUUGUAUAGAGCUAGCUCUGCACAAGAAAGCAGAGAUUUUCAUCACGGUUGGAACCGAGGAGAAGCGCCAGUUCCUCGAGACCAAGUAUGGCAUUCCACGUAGUCAUAUGUUUUCCUCGCGAAAUGCGGACUUUGCAGCAGGGAUUAUGAAGGUUACGAGAGGUCGUGGCGUCAAUGUCAUCCUUGAUGCCUCGUGGCGAAUCCUAGCUGAUGGCGGCAACAUGGUGGAGAUUGGAAAACGAGAUAUCCUCGACCGCAACACCUUAUCCAUGGAACCGUUCGACCGAAAUUGUUCCUUCCGAGCUAUUGACAUGUCUUAUACAAAACAUGUUGAUGAUGAAUUGAUUGCAAGAUUGUUUGAUGAACUCUUUGUUCUUCUUAAUGGAGGGAAAAUCAAACCGAUUGAGCCUAUUACAACGUUUGGAUACGACGACAUGGUCAGCGCACUAUCGCUUAUUCGAAGUGGACGUCAUCUCGGCAAGAUUGUUAUAUCAAAUGUUGAACAACAGGAUGUACAACUUCCCAUCCGUCCCGCAGUUCGCCGACUCUGGCUCGACCCUCAUGUCUCGUAUCUUAUUGUUGGAGGUUUGCGAGGUGCAUGCGGAACAUUGGCUAUCCACCUGGCACAACAUGGCGCUCGACAUAUCAUCGUCAACAACCGAACUGGCAUUAGGGAUGAGCUUUCUAUGAGAAUAGUCUCCAGAUGCAAGGAGUAUAGAUGUGCGGUUACUGGUGCUCAGGGCGAUGUUUGUGAUAUGAGCUUCGUUCGAGGUUUGUUCAAGUCAGCGAGCCCCAGAAUCGCCGGUAUUAUCCAGGGUGCUAUGGUCUUGAGGAUGAUUAUGCAGGAUAAACCACUUGAGCUCAUGACGCUCGAUGAUUAUCACACAGCUAUCAGCGCCAAGGUCAUGGGAACCAAGAAUCUCCACCAGGCAUCUGAAGACAUGCAGUGUUCUCUGCACUUCUUCGUUAUGCUUUCCAGUACCUCCGGCAUUGUUGGCAAUAAGGGCCAGGGAAACUAUGCAGCAGCUAACACAUUCCUUGAUGCUUUCGCCAGCUACCGUGAGUCCCUGGGCCUCCGGGCUAAUACGGUUAACCUAGGGGUGAUUCAAGAUGUUGGAUAUGUCGCCGAGCAAGGUUCGAUACUCGAGGCUCGUAUCGAUACACGAAUGUGGACGCCAAUUGGCGAGCGAAUGCUGCGUAAGAUCUUAACUUAUUCUAUACUUCAGCAGGACAACGCGGCGCCAAUCAAUGCCCACACCCGCACGCAGUUAAUCACGGGGGUUAGCUAUCUAUUGCCUAUCAGUAAUUCUAUAAUAGUUCCUAGUAGGAUCUAUUAA